CCUAGAGAUGCCGCCAUGGCGACGCCGCUCCCUGCCACUUCCGGGAGCGAAGGGGCGGAGACCCACAGUCCGGAAGUGGCGCUAAGCCCCUUCCGGUCCCACUCACGUUGCUGCUUUCCUUUCGUCAACGCAGGGAUGAAGCCGAUCCUGCUGCAGGGCCAUGAGCGGUCCAUUACGCAGAUUAAGUACAACCGCGAGGGAGACCUCCUCUUCACGGUGGCCAAGGACCCUAUCGUCAAUGUAUGGUACUCUGUGAACGGUGAGAGGCUGGGCACUUACAUGGGCCAUACUGGAGCUGUGUGGUGUGUGGAUGCCGACUGGGACACCAAACAUGUCCUCACUGGCUCAGCUGACAAUAGCUGUCGUCUCUGGGACUGUGAAACAGGGAAGCAGCUGGCCCUACUCAAGACCAAUUCAGCUGUCCGGACGUGUGGCUUUGACUUUGGGGGCAACAUCAUCAUGUUCUCCACGGACAAGCAGAUGGGCUAUCAGUGCUUUGUGAGCUUCUUUGACCUGCGGGAUCCAAGCCAGAUCGACAACAACGAGCCCUACAUGAAGAUCCCUUGCAACGAUUCCAAGAUCACCAGUGCCGUUUGGGGACCCCUGGGGGAGUGCAUCAUCGCGGGCCACGAGGGCGGAGAGCUCAACCAAUAUAGUGCCAAGUCUGGAGAGGUACUGGUGAAUGUUAAGGAGCACUCCCGACAGAUCAAUGACAUCCAGUUAUCCAGGGAUAUGACCAUGUUUGUCACUGCCUCCAAGGACAACACAGCCAAGCUCUUUGACUCCACAACUCUUGAACACCAGAAGACUUUCCGGACAGAACGUCCAGUCAACUCAGCUGCCCUCUCUCCCAACUAUGACCAUGUGGUGCUGGGUGGUGGUCAGGAAGCCAUGGAUGUAACCACCACCUCCACCAGGAUUGGCAAGUUUGAGGCCAGGUUCUUCCACUUGGCCUUUGAAGAAGAGUUUGGAAGAGUCAAGGGUCACUUCGGACCCAUCAACAGUGUUGCCUUCCAUCCCGAUGGCAAGAGCUACAGCAGUGGUGGUGAAGAUGGUUAUGUCCGCAUCCACUAUUUUGACCCACAGUACUUUGAGUUUGAGUUUGAGGCUUAAGAAGCUUGGAUCUCCAUCAAGACCGGGGAAGUUUCUGGGCCUGGACUCACAGAAAGUUUUGGACUCUGAGAAAUAAAUUAGUUUGGAAAUAAA